AAGAAAGUUUGGGAAUCUAGCAAUGCUUUUCAGAUGAAACGAAAACGAAAGUACAAGGUUUUCAGGGUGGUGUGAAGCGAGUAUGAAACUGCUGCAGAUUCAGAAAGCCCAUCCUCUGAUCAGCCUGUUGCUUAUCACAUGGUGAACCAGCGCUACAGCGAGUUCCUCAAUCUGCGGACCCCUUUGGAGGAGAGGUCUGACCUGAAGAAGGUGAUCAAAAAUGUCAAAGUUUCAAAGAAACUGUUCCCAGACCUUCCCUUCAGCAACCUAGACACAGACAAAGUGGAAGCCAGGAGAACCCAACUGGAAUCAUUCCACAGUAAACUGUGGACCAUCCCAGAGGCAGCUAAUAUUGAGGAAGUAUGUGAGUUCCUUGCCCUCAACACUGAUGCCAGAACAGUUUUCCAGAAAAAGUCAUCAAGUUCAUGCAUAGACAAGAUGGUAGAGAACAUUGUGGACGCUCUGAAGACAGCAUUCCCACGCUUAGAACCUCAGAGCCCUACAGAAGAAGGAGACCCACAGAGGAAGCCCCGUCUGAGAUUCUCCAGUAAAAUAGCUCCUACUCUCAAUGUCCCGGACUUGCAACGUAAAGUGACAUACUCUUUCAGGGAACGCUGCUCUGUUCUCAGAGGUUUCUCGCUGACAUAUCUGGAGGGGUUUGUAGAGGAACAGGAGAGGCAGGUGGACGGUGGCUUCAAGAGUCACUCUGCAGAGGGAAGGCUUCUGAAAGAAAAGAAAGGAAGAGGAACAGACACAGCCCUUGCAGACAUCGCUCUGAACAUCUUAUGCUUGCUGGUGAAGGACCUGUGGAGCUGGCUGUGUACAGAAAACAUCCAGAAGACCAUCAGACUGUUCUUAAAUGUUGUAAUGGAGAAAGUCAUAAGUGUUUGGAUCAACAUGAAGAAGGUGUUAGAGGUAGGCAUAGCCCACCUGACCAGUGCCCCAUGCUGGAUGAUUUAUCUACAGGUUCUCCAAGAUGCAGUGUGGCCCAGGGGUGAGCUGCCUCUGGGGCCACGGUCAAAAAGGAGCCCAGAGCAAAGAGAAAAGACAAGAUUACAAUGCCUGCAUUGUCUUAUACAACUGUUCCCAGGUCCAAGUGUUUUAACUGCCCCAUACUUCAAUAACAGUUCCUUUGCAAAGGUUGAAUUGUAUUAUGACUGUGUGACGAGGAGGAGUUCGUGGCCAAGCCGUGAGGACGCAUGCCCGGCCCUGAAUUGUGCUAUUCAGCCAGGAGGGGGAUAAAGGUGAGCCGGAGGCGCCAGCUCAAGAGAGAGAGAGAUACGCAGCCGCUGUGUGUGUGUCUGUGUGUUUAAGUUGAUUUAAGUUGAUUUAUGUCAUUAAAAGUUUCGUUGACUGCUCAGCCUGUUCCCGUCUCCUCCUUGCCCAUCCUUACCCAUUACAGACUGGUUCAGAACCAAUUCACGCUGAUAUGAACCAAAAUAAAACAUAAAAUCCACGCUGAUGUGAGCCGGAAAAAAAAAAAACGCACAUACAUAGUCCAAAGCAUGGUGAAUAGACGCAUACACAUACAGUAUCACAUCGCUGAAAAUGCAUCAAAAUGGUCAAAGAUGUCCAUCUACCACAUGUUUACAUACACCAACAAUUAAAAAUAGUGCAGAUAGGCAAAAGAAAAGUUUGUUGAGCAGUUUGCGAUCAAGUCCCAAAGCAGCCAAUGAAACCGAACGGGCUCUCCUUUUCAGAGUUGUAACUUGACACCAUGUCUUUUAAAAGCAGUGGCAGAUACAUGACAGCAGUCAAAAACGUCUGUCUAGUGCAUGUUUAUAUUAAAAAAGAAUUCAAAAUAGUCCAGAUGGGUCUCCUUUGAUGUUCUGUAAUAGUAAGUCC